GGCGCAGGCGCGGUGCGGCCGGCAGAGGGCGGAGGGAGGCGCGGCCCGGCGAUGCCCGGCCCGGCCGCGAGAUGAGCGCGGAGGCGGCCCAGGCGGGGUCCUGCGCCGGCACGGCGGCCCCGGGGCCCGGCCCGCCGCCAGCGCCCCGCAUGAAGCUGCCGCCCGUUCCCCCCCCGCGGCCGGCGCCGGAUGGCGGCCUGUUCGGCUGGCUGCGCGGGCGCUGCCUGGGCCGCAGCGCCGCCGUGGACCCGGCGCGGGACAGCUUCCGCGCCAUGACCGGGCUGUACGGCUCCAUCCAGCCCGCCGACUCCGUGUACCUCAGCACCCGCACGCACGGCGCCGUCUUCAACCUCGAGUACUCGCCGGACGGGUCUGUGCUGACUGUUGCUUGUGAACAGACUGAAGUGCUGCUUUUUGACCCAAUAUCUUCAAAGCACAUCAAAACUCUCUCUGAAGCUCACGAAGAUUGUGUAAAUAAUAUCAGGUUUCUAGAUAAUCGACUUUUUGCAACUUGUUCUGAUGACACUACAAUAGCACUUUGGGAUCUGAGAAAGCUGAACACAAAAGUGUGCACUUUACACGGUCACACCAGCUGGGUUAAGAACAUUGAGUACGACACCAACACAAGACUGCUGGUAACAUCAGGAUUUGAUGGAAACGUGAUCAUCUGGGACACAAACAGGUGCACUGAAGAUGGGUGUCCCCACAAGAAGUUUUUUCACACCCGUUUUCUUAUGCGAAUGAGGUUGACACCAGACUGUUCCAAAAUGCUGAUCUCAACAUCCUCUGGAUAUCUUCUGAUUUUGCAUGACCUUGAUCUAAACAAAACUCUAGAGGUUGGCAGCUACCCCAUUUUAAGAGCUAGGAGGACUGCAUCAAGCUCAGAUAUAACAUCUUCAAGUCUGUCCAGUCCUCGAGCUGUUGGUUCCCCGUGUCACCAGAAUGAUUCGGGUCCACUGUCUGAGAAGCAGAUGUCACGGUCCUCACAGCGAGAAGGUGGAUCACCUAGAAAUAGUUUGGAGGUCUUAACCCCAGAAGUUCCUGGAGAGAGAGACCGAGGCAACUGCAUUACAUCCCUACAGCUACAUCCGAAAGGGUGGGCUACCCUUCUUCGGUGCUCAAGUAAUACAGAUGACCAGGAGUGGACUUGUGUCUAUGAAUUCCAGGAAGGUGCCCCCGUGCGCCCUGUCUCACCUCGCUGCUCCCUGCGAUUGACUCAUUGCAUUGAAGAAGCCAAUGUUGGCCGGGGUUACAUCAAAGAGCUUUGCUUCAGUCCUGAUGGCCGGAUGAUUUCAUCCCCACACGGCUUCGGGAUCCGCUUGUUGGGGUUUGAUGCACACUGCAGCGAACUUGUUGACUGCUUGCCCAAAGAAGCUGGUCCCUUGAAAGAAAUCCGUUGCCUGUAUUCUCACAAUGAUGUGGUACUGACAACAAAGUUUUCUCCAACCCACUGUCAGAUUGCCUCGGGGUGCCUUAGCGGACGCGUUUCUUUGUAUCAGCCAAAGUUCUAGGCGCAUUGUACAUCAACAGGACCUUCAAAUGUUUGUGUUCUAACUACUUCAGCUUAGUUGAAGUGUGUUCUUCUGGAAAUCCCGUAAAUCCAGAUGAGAUCAUAGUUUCUGUGGUCUCAAUAUGUAAUAAUGACGUGAGUUCCUGGUCCAGCACUGUAUGCAUUCUCAUACUGCGUCUGCAAGUCAGGCUCCAUGCGUUGUGUUUUCAGCCUUCUAGGCAGACCUCAGCUGCUUCUGACCCCGUGCCAUCAAGUCAUCGUUCUGUUUGGUUUUGUACUGUAGUACUUGCUGGUAAUUUUCUUCAGCAUGACUUGAAGUGAGCUGUGUGAAAGAAACACAGAUGGGAUGACAGGUAGGAGCUCAGCCACAACUCAUCCAGGCAUCCCUGGUGCAGCACCUCUCUGUUCCAGAGGACCUCUCCCUUGCUGAAGCUGCCAUACAGUGAUUGUUAGAUAUUGAGCAGGUUUUGUGUGUGCUAGAUUUUAGUUGGCACAAAAACACAGGAAAAAAUUAUUUUGUAUUAAUUUGCCUUUUUUUUGUUGUUGUUUUUUGUGGUUGGCUAGGAAAAUCAGUCAGCUUUCUGUAAUGUUUUGCUGUACUAACAACUUUUUAGACUGCUUUUCCUUAAUUACGUAUCCUGGAAUUAUUGGUAGAAGGAGGAGGCUCCCAGGUAACAGCAAUAUGGUGAGGUGACAGCCCCAAGUUGCACCAGGGGAGGUUCAGGGUGGGUGUAAGGAAAAAUUUCUUCUCCAGAAGAGUGGUGAAGUGUUGCAACAGGCAUUGGCCCAGGGAGGUGAUGGGGUCACCAUUCCUGGGGGUGUGCAGGAGCUGUGGCACUAUGGGACACAGUCAGUGGGCAUGGCAGGGGUGGGCUGGGCUCGGGCAUGGGGAUCUCACUGGUCUUUUCCAAACGUAAGGAUUGUAUGAUUCUAUGGAUUGAGACAUAGCUGCAUUUUUUUCUUCAGAAUUGAGUCAGAAAUGCCUGGAGCAGAGUAACGGGAGCUAAAUAGGUAAACUUGUGCUGCAUCCACUGCACAUGAACCUUAGAGAAUGUUUCUUACAGUGUGUGUGAUUAAUUGGCAACUUCUAGUCCUCCGUCAGUAGGAUUUCUUUUGUGGGAAGCUUUCCACAUCAGUUACAUAAACCUUCAUCCUGUGCUGGAAAAUGUGCAGUGCAGAAUUUUGGCUUACGUUAAGGCCAUUACGUCCUCUUCCUGCUCUGCGCCUCAGGUGAACAGCAGGAGUUCAUCCAGGGAGUGUUUGUAGUACAGCUAGAUAAGUAUUUCUUCACAAGUGUUGUCAGUUUGAGAGCGGAUUAGAACCAUUCCUGUCUAAAGUAAGAUCUGUGUGGGUUUAACUGGGGUAAUCCUAAAAUCUGAAACGUGAUUUAAGGGUGAACAUUGGCAUACUAAGUACGAAUGCCACGUUUUAACCCUAAGGUUCAUCGCAGGCUCCCAGACAGGCGAGGGUGAGGAGACCUCCCCGUGAGCUGGCACAGGCUGCUCAAACACAUCCAUACGUCCCAUCCCUGGAGGUCCUGUGAGAAUGUUUUCAGACCUUCUGAGCCAUUCUCUUGUUGCUGAGACCUCUGCCUUGAAUUCGUAAGAGCACGGAUGGAAUGAUAGAUGAGGACAUGCCUUAUUUUCCAGAGCAGAGCAUCGGUCUUGGUUUCAGACAGUUGUAACUCGAAUGCUUUUGGAACUGUGUGCGAGGAGCACAGUUGGCCAGAAGGAUGCUGUUGGUGUGUGCAGAACUCUGACAUAACCAGCUCUUCCCAUUACUCUGUGGUAAGUUUUAACUAGAAUUGGGAGAUUGCAGUCAUUUGACUGCCCCUUUUCAGCAGCACACAGCAGUUUUCACUCAAACAUCACGUAUUUCACCUAUGAGUUUCAGAAAGCACUUGUGGAAACGCUGUUCAGUGACUUAAGGCGGAUGCUUUGCUGUUUCGGCUUGGUGGAAAGAGUGGUAUUCAGGCUUUGUCUUUCUGAACCAUUGCCUUGUGAAGAAAUUUGUUGCUGAGCUUUGGAUUCUGCCUCAUUAGCCAAAAGAAGUUACCGUGUCGAAGAAGACAAAUCCUUAACCUUGCACCCUUAAAACUGUGAGGGCCCCAUCUAUAUAAACCUGCCUGUCUCAGAUGUAAGGAAUUGUUUCGUAUGGUGUAUCAAAGUCUGCACCAAGAGCAGAGUACAGCAGUGGCUUCAAACGUGUUUACUUUUGGCCUCUCAAGCGUUACAGCACUUGAUAGAUUUUAGUUUUUUCCGAUCAGGAUGGAGCUCCUUGAUUGUAAAGCAUGCAGAUACGUUUUCUAAAUGCGUGGUUUCGUGUCCAUUGAUUUCCAUAGUAAAGUAAUUCCUUCGCUCACAGUGCAGCCGGUCAGCAGCAGCAGAUAGGCUGCAUCGCUGAGGUCUCUGCAUGGCACUGUCAGCUCACAGCGGCGUGUAUGGAACCAAGCCAGCAUCCGAAGGUAGCUCUCGUUUUGUAGUAGUCCAGUGACUGUCUGUUGUAGGAGUGAAUGCAUUUCCCACCUGUUCCACUGGAGGUUAGUCUUUGCAUCAUUGUAGCUCUGUUAACGCAUUUGUGGGGAAGGAGAAAGAAACCAUUAACGGGACUACGAAAUGACAUCCAUGUCUGUGUACUUUUCCUGUCUCUGUAUUUCAGUGUAUCUGCAGCCACUGGGCAUCAUCAGUCCAACAGGGGUAGUUCAGGGAAAAACGUAACCUCCAUCAGAAUUACUGGGGAUAAAGCACAGUGAUACUGACACACAUCUGUUUGCACUCUUUGAGACUUGGUAAGGACAAUUUGCCUACCACCAGAAUUGGAAUGUAAAUGUCAGGUUUUUCUGUGUUUUUUUGUUUUGUUUUGUUUUGUUUUGUUGUUGUUGUUAAUUUGGGCAACGCUGAUGUGCAGUAGGUCCCGAUACCAUGAAGAAUGGACCUGUUGCUCUGUAACUUGCCCUAUUGAAAGCUUUUAAGUAUUCUAGUUUACAAGAUUCUAAGAAGUCAAGAGUAAAAGAAGGUUGAGAACCCUAAUAUUUUUGUCCUGCAAGAGAAAGAAACUUCUAAUUUCCUGAUCUUGGUCAACGGUGCAUUUUCUUAUGCACUAGGUAUCUUCAUUUAAGUGUAAAGUUUUUAAUACUAGAACAAAUUGUGCAUGUAAAUAUUUUGAAAUACCUGAGAUUUCGUAGUAUGAAGUGUAGCCUUUUCAUACAAUAUAAAAGUAUCAGAACUGCUCUGAAUAUAUUGUACUUACAGCCGUACAGUAACUUACUAUUUGUGGAACGUUUUCCUUGCUUGCGUAAUAAAUUAAACAUUUAAUAACUCAGUGAAUUAAAAUCUAUUUUAAUGUA